GCAUUUAUUUUAGCAUCGAAAGUCAACGUGCUUUAUGAAAACAAUUAGAUAGAACAAUAUAUGUUAUCAACUGGCUGGAUAAACAGGGAUUUAAGAAUGUUUCUCCGGCGGCUAGCCGUUCAGUGAGGAUCCGACCUCGCGAGCUGGAGGAUGAGGCGCUGAAUUAGUGGUUCUUACACACGCAAUAUCUAGAAAAUUACGAAGUUAAGAAAAUAUCUGUUUUAUUUUACUACAAGUAUGUCCUCUUCUAACGAUCUUGUUCGUGCCCACCAGAUGGCAAUGGUUGGAAAUCCUUCCGCCGGGAUUUAUCCUCAGUACGGAAAUCUUGGACCCGGAAUGUCUCCGAUUCCUUAUCCCGCGGGACUGUACUGUCCCUCCCUGGAUUUUAACCGAGCCUAUGCCCUAAGGAUGAUCGAGGAGAUGCAAAGGAGAGACCAGCCUCAGAAACCUCCUUACUCCUACAUCGCCUUAAUCGCCAUGGCCAUCAAAAAUGCUCCGGACCGAAAGAUCACCCUAAACGGAAUCUACCAAUUCAUCAUGGAAAGGUUUCCUUAUUACCACGACAAUAAGCAGGGCUGGCAGAACUCUAUCCGCCAUAAUUUGAGCCUCAAUGACUGUUUUGUUAAAGUAGCUAGAGAGAAAGGAAAGCCCGGGAAAGGGAACUACUGGACGCUGGACCCAAACUGUGAGGAGAUGUUUGAGAACGGAAACUACCGUCGCCGCAAGAGGAGGGUGAAGGGUUCCAGCAAGGAAGACUGCGACCAGAUCGAGGGUGGAUCCGAAACGGAGGCUCUGUCCGACUCGGAGGAACACCCAGAUGUAGAGUUGGGUGGUUUGGACGAAAACGACAGCGGGAUAAACGUCGCCUGCUCCGACGAGGAGAAUUCUAAAGACGGAACCGAGAACCGAUUGAGUGGGGAGGGGAAUCCGUCCAGUUCGUCGGAAAUUCCGGCAAUCCGAAAAAGACUUUUCACCAUCGAUAGUUUGAUUGGAGACGACUCUCCUGCACAUUUCCAGUCGCAGACGACCGCCGGAAAACGUAAGCUGGACAGCUACGACAACGAGCCAAAUGAGAAAAAGAAAAAAUAUGACAUUUUUGACAAAAUACCCAGCCCUCCCCCAAAAAUCAUCGACUUGAAAGGACAAUCUCCGACUUCUUUUCAAAUUUCUCUUGCGUCGGGUCUCUACGGUAACAGUUUUCUUCGAAACCCUCCCCAUGGGUUGUCGCCGCCCCUUGGGGCUUACCCCGGAUACCCACCUUUUGGCGGGUUUUCCUUACCCAUCAGUAACCCACAGGAACUGUUGCUGAGAGCCCAAGGAUUGGGACAUUUCCUAAACGCCGGGACCAGCGACCGGGAAUGGACAUCACGGAACUCUCCCGUCGGACUCCGAUGACAGUGAAGAACUUUUGGACUUUAGAACUUCGUGCCUUGUGUAAUUUUGAUUUAUGUCUGAAUGGACGUUUGUUGUACUCGGAGGCCGUGUUUUUUAUUUUUUAUAUUCAGUGUCACAGAUUCCAGUAUUGUUUAUAUUGCUGCACUAAGCCGUCAAUUCUUUCAACACUUCUGCUGAUGUAUUUGACAACGAGAACGGACCUUAAUUGUGAAAUAUUGCUCUUUUUGGAUGAAUGAUAUUUUAAUGACGAAACCCCACGAGUGAAACAGACAGUGUAGAUAAAAACUGUACUCCAAAAAUAUUUGUUUUAUUCGCGAUUCGUGGUGUCACCAGUGACCAGAUGUUAGAUGGCUUAUUUUUCAUUGUUAAGCAAUAAUUGUUAAUUAUUUGUACAUUUUAUUGAAUUGUAAAAAUAAAUAUAGUACUCUAUGCUCAUAUAAACAACUAUCAUUUGUUGUGUAUUUUUAGACAACACAUAACAAAUUAAUUAUUUUCAGAAAAAAAUUAAUUUAUCUUCUAAAUUUGUGAUUUAAAAAAACGAGCAAAUGCAAUAUAAAAUAGAGCUAUAUUAAUAAAAAUAUUAAACAGACUUUUCAUGUUCGUAGAAAAAACUUUACUAUUUCUAAAUUUAAUCUCUGAAAAAGAAGCCUUGUAAUUUUGCAAAGUUGCUUCAAGUAUUUUAUUUUUAUAUUAUGAUAUGUUGAUUAAGUAAAAGAGAUGGGUUUCCUACAGGAUAUGACAUCCGUAAUGCGUGCUCCCAGAUACGUAAUCAAAGGCUCUAGAUUAUUUACAAAAGAAAUAUGAGCGUUUUCUGGGAGUUCUGACUAGCUUCGGGAUUUUUUCUGCUAUGCUGUGUGAUCAUUAGCAUGGAGUAAAUAUUUAUAAUGACAUUGGGAGAACCACCUAGUAGAUGAAGAUGAUAGCCGCGAUGAUCUAUCGCUCCAGUAGAAGUUAUCAGGUCCUGUAGUAUGUCGUCAAUAUCAGUCGGGAAUAAUCCUCGUAUAUUUCAAAAUUGUUUAUUGAAAAAUCUGGAAAGCUCUUUGCAUAUUGCGCUGAGACGAGAAAGAUUAUAUUGUAUAUUUCUGCGAUUAGAUGGUUUUUUUUUUUAAAAUUGUCAUGAAUUAGAAAAUAGAUAAAGGAAUUAGAGAUGUACAGUAGAUAUAAAUUUUUAGAAUUGAUAUAUGAUUUUAAAAUAAUAGUUUAAUGUCAAAUGUUAGACGAGGAAUUUACUUUAUAAACCACCGAAAAUCAUCAGCCAUUGUAAUGUGGAAAUGGGUUUUCUAAAUAAUUUCUUUGUUUUAAAAACAUAUUAAUUAACAAACUCAUGAAAAUGAAGAACGGUUAAAAUUAAUGUUGUUUCUCUAGACAUUUUAAUUUUACAAAUAUAAAUAAACAUAUAUCAUCCGCAAUAAAGUCAAAGUUCUUCUUUUUCUCUCCUAAUAUUUGUAAUUUAAAAUUAUACAAUAUACCUUCAGAACAUUUAUUUAAUUUCCACAGAAAUGUCUUGUCAUAUCGAAUUUUUCAAAAUUUGACGAUGGGGGUAAUAAUACACACCGUUGGGUGUGCAUAUACACAUUCUUUUCUCAAAUAUUUAUAAAGUCAAAUUUCAAUAUUUUUCUAAUUAAAUUUGGACACUGGACUAGUCUUUUUUAUCGGUAAAUAACUAAUGCCAAGUAAUCGCCGGUGUUUGCAUUCUCCUGUAGACAUAACGAAAGCCUUAUGUACAACUGCGGAUAUACUUGCACGACUUCGAUUUAAAAAAAAAAAGAGUUGGUUGCAUAUGAAUUGCAACAUCAUAGCUUGAAAUACUGCUGGAUCUAAUACAUGUUUAUAAUAGAAUCUCUUUCUUUCAUAGUAUAAACUUAGAUAAAAAUCUAGAUGAAACUGUCAACUUAAAUAUCAUUAUGAAAAAAAAUCAAAGACAAACUGCCAAAUAUCUCAAUUUGAUUUAUUCAGUUAGACAAAAUUAUCUGUACAAAUCAAAGUAAACUCAUGCGUUCAAUCUACUGUAUAUACUAUAUGUAUAUUCAAGAUUUCAAAGUGACAUAUAGGUCCAAUGGGCCGGGUGUAAUUCGAUAAUGUAUAAUAUUGUAUUGUACUAUACUCAUGACAUACACAUGUCACUAUAAUAAAAAUAUUUACUUA